CGGUUCGGUAUCUUGAGACAUACAAUCUGACGACAAAAAUAUUUUUAACUGAAUAUAAACUUGCCCGAUAUGUCAAGGUUUUUCGAGCCAACGCGAGCCAUAUCCAAUUAUAAUCCCAAGUAGUCCAAGUCCGAAGUGGCCGAAGUGGCAACAAGUCCAACAAGUGCUUGUUGACAAGAGUGAAACGAGAGUGUUGACAAGCAUCCCAGGCGCUUGAGGUUCGAAGAAGUGUGGUCCGAGCCUCCGGAGUCCAGAGGCCCGGUUUUCUGCGACUGCCCCGACCUCACUGCCAUGGAGGAGCCGAUGGACGAAGAGCGCGGGGGCUGGGAGGAAGGCGACUCCCCGCUGGGCGAGGACCAGGAGGCCCUGGUAGAACGCAUCCAGCAGGAAUGCAUCGAGAAAUUCAGCAGCCUGGACUUUAUCAUGGAGCCCGGCAUCUUCGCCCAGCUCAAGCGCUACUUCCAGGCCGGGGGGAACCCGGAGCAGGUGGUAGACCUGCUGCUCGAGAACUACCAGGCCGUGGCCCAGACGGCGAACCUGCUCGCCGAAUGGCUCAUCAUGGCCGGAAUGAAGAUCACCGAGGUGCAGGGCCUGGUGGAGGACCACCUGAAGCAGAUGAUCCUGAAGCACUUUGACCCCAAGAAGGCGGACUCCAUCUUCACGGACGAGGGAGAGACGCCUGGCUGGCUCACAGAGAUGAUUGAGCACCCGACGUGGCGCUCGCUGGUGUACAAGCUGGCCGAGGAGUACCCGGACUGCCUGAUGCUCAACUUCACCAUCAAGCUGAUCUCGGAUGCGGGCUUCCAGGGCGAGAUCACCAGCAUCUCGACGGCCUCCCAGCAGCUCGAGGUGUUCUCGCGCAUCCUGCGCACGGCCACAGACAACUUCCUGGACGGCGGGGAGGAGCACAUGGAGCGCCACCUGGGGGAGCUCACGCGCAUGGUCUGCCACGGGGAGCACACCUACCUGUACAGCCAGUCUGUGCUGCACACCCUGGCCCAGGAGCCCCGGGGGGGCUCCAACGUCAAGCGCCUGGCUCAGGAGAUCAGCCGGCACGCCCAGCGGUCGGGCCACGACCCGACGCCCAUUACGAUGGCGCUCAACGGGGCGUCGGCGUACCCCCGGGCCUGCCAGGCCCUGUCGGCCAUGCUGUCGCGAGACGCCCUGAACCCGGCGGACGUGACGGUGCUGUCCAAGAUGUACCAGGCGCCGGACCCGCCCCCCGUGGAGCUGCUGCGAGAACCCCACUUCCUGGACCUGCUGCUGGACGCCCUGUUCCGGCCGGGCUCCCGGCUGAACCCCGAGCACCGGCCCAAGUACGUGUUCCUGCUGGCCUACGCGGGCAGCGUGUACGAGACGCGUCGCAAGGGAGUGCGCAAGGCCCUCAACCGGGACGAGCUGCGCCCCACCCAGCAGGCCGUGGAGAAGGUGCACGCCACCUGUCAGGAGCGCCGGGGGGCCUCCGACCUGGUGCCCGAGCUGGGGGCCCUGUUCCAGGCCAUGCGCUUCCCCGUCGUGGCCCUGGGCGUCGUGCACUGGGUUGAACACACCGUGUCCGAGCCGUCCUACUUCAAGCUGUCGACGGAGCACACGCCCCUGCACCUGGCCCUGCUGGACGAGGUGGUGGUAUGCCACAGCACCCUGCACCAGAGGGUGCUGGACCUGCUGGUGCGCCUCUUCGAGUGGCCGCCCCAGGAGGAGCUGGACGUGCUGGUGCAGCUGGAGCGGCGGAAGAUGCUGCUCGACCGCAUGGUGCACUUACUCAGCCGGGGCUGCGUGGUGCCUGUGGUGGGCUACGUGCGCGCCUGCUGGGAGCGCCAGGACACGGACGUGUCCCUCAUCCGCUACUUCGUCACCGAGGUGCUGGACGUCAUCGCGCCCCCGUACACCCUCGAGUUUGUCCAGCUCUUCCUGCCGUUGGCCGAAAGCGACGAGGUCACGGGGGCCCUGGAGGGCGGCGAUGGGGAUGCCGUCAGGGACUUUGUCGUCCACUGCAAGGCCAACUACAUCGUCAUGAGCUGAGUCGCCCUGCCUUGCCAGGUGCGUCGAGUCGAGGCGUUACGACAAAGAAUUCGAGAAGUCUUUCCGGGCUCUUCUUUCUCGUUCCCUUUUUCAAUUGCCCAUUAUCCUUUCUUGGAAAGCUGUUUCUGUUUAAGCUGAAAAUUACUUUAAGAAAAAAGAAAAACGGCUUCCAAAAUAGAGAUACCAUUUUUUUCAAAUGGAUGUCCACGACGGAUGUUGGAGUAAGAAAUAUGACGUAAUGAUUAGCGAAAGAUUACCCAAGUUGCUCCGAUUGUUUUAACAGAGAUAUUCCAGUAAGCUUUCCAUAUAGCCCAUCAUAAAAAUGGACCAUGGCAAUUGUAUCUCAGAAAAUGGUGCAUUCAAGCUGUACAAGAAACAGGGAAGUCCCGCCCUGCGGGUACAUUGGAGUCCGCUGCGAGGGUGGGUGACGAGCCGCCACGAGCUGAUCUAGCAGCCUCACCAUAUCUCUAGGUCACAUGGUUGCACACUCCUAAAACCCUCCGAGCUCUUGGCGAUUUUUUUUUUUUUUUUAAAUCUUAUUUAAGAAGUAAAUUGAGUUUUUAGGUGGUUAGUUUGCAAAUUAUAACACAGCAGGUGGCCUAACAUCCAGUAUGGCAUACAACAUUAUCCUCAAAAAAUAUUUCUUCGCUUGGUCUUUUUUUUUAAUGUAUUUUCUCUAAACAAAAACAGAUGUAUAUGCAUUAAAAAUGAAAUACAAAUAUGAAUGUCUGCCGUU